AUGCCGGCAAGGACGAAGGCGCAGCCACGCCGGUUCCAACUCUACCUUGUCAGGUUAGCAGGUUUUCUCACGUUGGUCCUGAUGGUCAUGGUCACCUGCAUUCACACUGUCAACAUGAUAGAUCAAGGCUCCUUUCAGCCGUCAUCCAGAGAAGGGGAGGCCACCGUGCACUCAGAGGCUUACGCCAAGAGUUGGGAAGACAGCAACCAUAGUCAACAUCGACUGGAGAAGUGGGCGGAAGAAGAGCUGAGUCCACCGACCUUUCAACCUUCAAGUACAGUAAAGGAGCCUGAGAUCUUUGAGACGACUUCUCCCCAGGUACCCAAGACGACAUCCCGAAAAGCGCCGCAUGUUGUUCCAGCAGCAUCGACAAAGGUGACGAAGGUUAAGAACAUGGGGUCCCCGGAUCGAGUCCACAUCUGCUUCUGCAGCGAUGACGCGGACUUGCGGCCCUUGGCAGUGGCGAUUAACUCGACGAUGCAAUAUGCAAGCAGAUCUGAGCAGCUGACUUUCCAUGUGGUUACAGCUGAAGAGAAGGUUGCAACAGUGGAGCGGGCACUGAUUGAAAUUUUGCCGCCGUUGCAAGCACAGCUAGUCAUGCACAGCAACGCAACGCUGCAAGCACACAUCAAGAGCUUGAUCAGCUAUCGCAAAAGCUCUGGGGCAAGGAAGGGCUUGGCAAGUCCGUUCAACUUCGCUCCGUUCUAUUUGGAGGAGUUCUUGGCUUCGUGGGCUGGAACUGCAGUUCCUAACAGGCUGGUGUACAUGGACUCGGACGUCGUUCUUCAAGCUGACGUCACCCUAUUGGCCAAGCUUGACAUGGGAGGAUAUCCAGUGGCAGCCGUAGAGGACUGCUCGCAGCAUUUCGAUUUGUACAUAGAUUUCGACGAGCUGUCUGAUCUUGGUCUCAAGCGCGCAGGUCUGGAACCUGCCGAAUGCGUAUUCAACCGUGGGGUGUUCGUCAUGGACGUUCAGAGGUGGAAGAAGCUGCAAAUCACCCAGGAGAUCGAACGCUGGAUGGCUCGAUAUCGUGAAGCAAAGAAGGACUUGUACAAGUUUGGGCUAUCACAACCUCCUUGGCUUCUUGCUCUACACGACAGAUACAGCCAUCUGAGUGAGAAGUGGAAUUGUCGCGGUCUUGGCCGCGAAACCUUGUCUCUGAAGGAACUCAAGGAGCUCAAGGCCGACCUGAAGAUGGAUUUCAAGGCUCUGCAGAAGGCAGGAUUGCGCCCUGCUGGCGAUCAGGUGCAGCCGUACCUCGCGUCAUGCUCAGCCGACGCCAAGCUGCUACAUUUCAAUGGAAAGCUAAAGCCGUGGCAGGCUGACAAAUGGGCUUCCAGGCAGCGUGCGCCAAUUUGCCUGGUGCAUGGCCAGACUCUUCCCCAACUACAACGGAAGGAGGUCUCUGGCAAGACAUUUGUUCGAUGCGCAGACUUGUGGUCAUACUUCUUGUCGCCAGAGGCCGAGAACCUCCUAGUCCGGGCUGCGGCCGCAAAAUAG